CCGUGGCGGAGCUGCAGCGCGUGGGGCGGGAGUUCUUCGCGCUCCCGCAGGAGGAGAAGCAGCGGUACGCCAUGGACCCGGCCUCGGGGAAGACCGAGGGCUACGGCUCCAGCGUCCAGAGGAGCACCGGCGACAGGAAGAUAUGGUCCGACAACUUGUUCCACGCCAUCUCGCCGCCGGCCGCGGUGAACCACGGCUUCUGGCCGGACAAACCCAGGGGGUACCGGGAGGCCAACGAGGCGUACUGCGGCCACAUGAGGCGGCUGACGGGGGAGGUACUGGAGCGCCUCUCGGCCGGGCUGGGCCUGGAGAAGGGCGCCAUGGCGGAGGCGUUCGCCGGCGGCGACGACGGCCUGGUGCUCAUGCAGAAGGUCAACUUCUACCCGCCGUGCCCGCAGCCGGAGCUCGUGCUCGGCUUCGCGCCGCACACCGACCUGUGCGCGCUCACGGUCCUCGUAGCCAACGACGUGCCGGGCCUCCAGGUGUCCAAGGACGGCCAUUGGUACGACGUCGAGCACGUGCCAGGAGCCCUCAUCGUCAACGUCGGCGACCAGAUCGAGAUUUUGAGCAACGGGAGGUACAGGGCGGCGCUGCACCGGGCGACCGUGAGCAAGGAGAAGACGCGGAUGUCGUGGCCUGUGUUCGUGCAUCCGCGAAGAGAGUACAUCGUCGCGCCGCACCCGCGCCUCGUCGCCGGCGAGAUCCCUGCCAAGUACGACUACAAGGCCAAGACGUUCGAGGACUACACGUACUGCAAGAUCAACAAGCUACCGCAGUAGUCGAUCGUCGUCCGAGCCGCCGGCUGGCCAUGCAUUGCUUGCACGCAUGAGCAAAUGCAGUGAUAUCAACAUUCACCUCUAUGUAAUAAUGUUAUCCUCUAUGUAAGUUUAUAUUUUGAGUAUUUUCUCUUCCUUAUUAUCUUCAGCGUGUGGUCCGUGUGAGUCAGUUUCAUUAUCCUUAUCAAUCAUCACCUCUCACACACCCAGCGACAUUGAUUUGAUAUCCUAAUCGUGAAAGUGAUGAAUGGAGAGGGCAUUGUCUCUGUUUUUUCUA